GAUAGGCCCGGAGAUAUCAGGGAGCCCCAGCCUGGCUUGCCACCCCCUUUCCAUUAAUAAUGAGCAGCCACCUUUAAUGAGAACUCUGCAUCCCAGGAACCUGAGGCGUUGGGUAGGGCGGAAAAUGGGCACAGAAGUGAUCCUCAAAUGGCCAGGCUUCUGGGCGAGGCUAGGGAUGGAGGAGGGCCUCUCCCUAUCUCCUCCCCUCCCCGGGUUUGCUUUCGGACUACAGCUCCCGGGAUGCACUGCACCACCCACCACACCCCUCCUCCGCACUACGCACGGGUCCCCAUCCUCCUCCACAACCUGACCUGCUGCAGCUGGAAGAACUAAGGAAGCAGAGCAUGGUGGGGAGGGGAGCGGGCCUGCGACCCUGGAGACAGUUUCCGCGGCCUCUCCCCACCAGGCCAAACGCACGUCUAGUCCCUGCAUGCAGACCUUUGCCCUCUUCUGUAGACUUCGCAUACCCCUCGCUUUUGCCCUCCCUACCCUUCCCUGGGCUCCGGAACGCUGGUCUCUCUGUCUGGGAUCAGCCCUUCUCGGCACCCCUCUUCAUUAAGGAAAUGCAAUGAGCCGGUGCCCCCGCGUCCUCAUCGCUGCCCUGGGCACGGUACCCAUCUGGUGGUGGGGAGGGAGCCCCUCACUGUCCCUUCGUGUCGCCCCUCCUUUGAGCCUCCCUCCAGUUGGCGUCCCUGGGCGAUGCCCUAGAGGACCUAGCCAGGAGGUGGGCUUUACAGCGAGGGCGCUGGAAAGGAUAAAGAACCGGGCCUUGGGCGCCUCUGAGAUGCUCCCAAGUUUCAAGGGGGACCGAGCGAGGUGUGGGCAACCGGGCGGCAGGCAUGAUGCCUUCGCCUAGUGACUCCAGCCGCUCGCUAACCAGCCGGCCUAGUACCCGGGGCCUUACCCAUCUCCGCCUCCACCGACCCUGGCUGCAGGCCCUGCUCACCUUGGGGCUGGCCCAGGUGCUCUUGGGCAUCCUGGUGGUAACCUUCAGCAUGGUGGCCUCCUCUGUCACCACCACCGAGAGCAUCAAGAGGUCCUGCCCAUCUUGGGCUGGGUUCUCGCUGGCGUUCUCCGGGUUGGUUGGCAUUGUGUCCUGGAAGCGGCCAUUCACUCUAGUGAUCUCUUUCUUCUCCUUGCUUUCGGUGCUCUGUGUCAUGCUCAGCAUGGCUGGCUCUGUUCUCUCCUGUAAGAAUGCUCAGCUGGCUCGGGACUUCCGAGAAUGCUCCAUGGAAGGGAAGGUCUGUGUCUGCUGUCCCCCUAUCCCGCUGCACAGACCCUGUCCCGAGUCGGGCCAGGAGCUGAAAGUUGCCCUUAACUCCACCUGUGAUGAAGCCAGAGGGGCCCUCAAGAACCUGCUCUUCAGUGUGUGUGGGCUCACCAUUUGUGCUGCGAUAACCUGUGCCCUCUCUGCUAUCGUCUGCUGUGUCCAGAUCUUCUCCCUGGAUUUGGUGCACAUGCAGCUGGCCCCUGAGCGCUCAGUCUCAGGCCCCUUGGGGCCCCUGGCUUGUACGUCCUCGCCCCCAGCUCCUCUUCUACACACCAUGCUGGACUUGGAGGAAUUUGUCCCACCUGUGCCACCACCACCCUACUAUCCUCCAGAGUAUACCUGCAGUUCAGAGACGGAUGCACAAAGGAGUUAUUUUCCAGGCCCUGAUCCUCUCCAUCAUCUUGCCAGCAUCACGUACAAUGGCUCCAUGGAUAGCCCAGUGCCCUUGUACCCUACCGAUUGCCCCCCUUCCUAUGAGGCCGUCAUGGGGCUGCGAAGAGACAGCCAGGCCACCCUGUUUGACCCUCAGCUUCAUGAUGGCUCCUGUGUCUGUGAGCGGGUGGCCUCCAUUGUGGACGUGUCCAUGGACAGCGGGUCCCUGGUGUUGUCAGCCAUUGGCGACCUCCCUGGAGGCUCUAGCCCAUCAGAAGAUUCAUGCUUGCUGGAACUCCAAGGCUCUGUGCGCUCCGUCGACUAUGUGCUCUUCCGCUCCAUCCAGCGCAGCCGUGCAGGCUACUGCCUUAGCCUGGACUGCGGCCUGAGGGGCCCCUUUGAAGACAGUCCCUUGCCACGGCGACCCCCACGGGCUGCCCGUUCCUAUUCCUGCUCUGCUCCUGAAGCUCCACCCCCACUGGGUGCCCCCACAGCUGCUCGCAGUUGCCACCGGCUAGAGGGCUGGCCGCCCUGGGUGGGACCUUGCUUCCCUGAGCUGAGGCGGAGGGUCCCCAGAGGAGGAGGAGGAGGCAGCCGCACAGCUGCACCCCCUCCUGCCCGAGCCCCAGCUCGACGCUUCAGCGAUAGCUCAGGUUCCCUCACCCCACCCGGGCACCGGCCUCCUCAUCGGAUACCCCCUCCACCUCUGCUGCUGCCAAGGUCUCACAGCGACCCAGGCAUCACCACCUCCAGCGACACUGCUGAUUUCAGGGACCUUUAUACCAAAGUGCUUGAGGAAGAAGCUGCCUCUAUCUCCUCUGCAGACACAGGGCUCUGCUCUGAAGCCUGCCUUUUCCGGCUAGCCCGCUGCCCUUCCCCCAAGUUGCUCCGUGCUCGCUCAGCUGAGAAACGCCGCCCAGUGCCCACCUUCCGGAAGGUUCCCCUUCCUUCAGGGCCUACACCUGCCCACUCUCUAGGGGACCUGAAAGGAAGCUGGCCAGGCCGGGGCCUGGUCACUCGUUUCCUCCAACUGUCCAGGAAGUCCCCAGACCCCGCGGGGACUGGAGCGCACGGAUACAAGCAGGUGCGCAGGAACCCAUGGGGACGACCAGGUCGGGAGAGCCUCCAUCUUCGCAGCUGUGGUGAUUUGAGCUCUGGCUCCUCCCUAAGGCGACUCCUGUCUGGCCGCAGGCUGGAGCAUGGCAUACGCCCACACAGCCUCAGCCUCAGCCUCAAUGGAGGCAGCCGGGAGACUGGGCUCUGAUUUGGGCUUGUCACAAUGAACAGACCCGGAUGAGUGCUGGAGCCACUGGCAUCAGCUGGUUGGGACCAGGAGACCUCCGCAGCCCUGUGCUCUAGCUGGCUCAAAAAGAAACCCCGCUGUACACUCUCCUAAGGUCUUCCUUUCCUGCCUGCCUUUGGGGGGGGGGGGGGGCUCCUGCCGCUUGCCUCUGUCCCUCUGCACAGCAGAGCUUCUGUCCUGUGCUGCAUGGGUGUUCAAGCUGUGGGAGGUCACGCCCUGCUGCUUACAGCACUGACAGGAAAAUUAACAGCCUCCCCCAGCAUGAGAGCGCCUCUUUCUGAUAUUCUUUGGCACUGUGUGGGGGUAAGGGCCUGGGUGUUUUAAAACAGGUGACUUGUGCCUUGCCUAGUGGUGGUGAGGCAGGCAAGGGGACACAUGAGUCUAGGUGGCUCUGCAGCUCAGCCACCUCUAGCUGCAUGACCUUGGGCAAGUUAUUUAACCAUAAUUGCCUGACCUGUAAAACAUUGUGAACAUGAAUGUUUGUAACUCUGAGUAAGCCUUCAAUAAAUUUCAAUCUCU